AUGCGAGCAACAUCAGUCGACCAAGUCAGAGAAGACGGAUCGAGUACGACGGAAUGGCAAGUGAGACGAAUCCAAGGACACAGCCAGUCUGGUGACGCAAUCUAUUAUCACGUGGCUUGGCAACCGACCUGGGAAUGCAGAGACCGACUUCAGCACAUGUUGCCAGACCUAGUCAGUUGGGACAGUCUUCAUGGAUGUGUUAGUUCCAGAAGACCACCUUCGCGUCGAUACGACCCUACUUUGGAGCAUUGGUCAGGAGAGGUCGCUGGGCGAAAGGAGGUUGACGGCCUGGUGUACUACAAGAUCGAGUGGCAAGUGACUACAGAGCCGGCGAAAAAUCUAGAGAAUGCCCUGAGCCUCGUGAAGGAGUACUGGGAUAAUGUUCGUAGUCUCAAGUCUGGGAACAGGAGGGGCCAGGAAGAUGACAGUGACGAGAUAUAA